AUGUGCACCCAGACAGAAAAUGUGGAAGAGUGCAGUCGAUGUGGCUACACAACUGCCGUUCUAGAACCAAUCGAGAGCUGCGGUUUGAGAACUCCGGGAUCGUACCGCGACCCAAAGGCCAACUGCUACAUAGGAACAUGCUAUGGAGUGUGCUUCACCUCAUAUGUCGAUGCUGUUAUUUGCCAGACUUGCAUUGCAAAGGAGGAGCGGGACAACAUCAGACGGAACAACAAGAAGGCCGUUCAUGUCUUUGAGAAGUGA